ACCGUUGAAUGUGUUCAAAGAUAUUUUAUUGGCUGGCGGCAACCUGAACUGAUCAUAUAGCAUUAGGCAAAAAAAAAGAAAAAAAGAAAAAGAAAAUCACAGCACAAAAAUUUAAUUUUAGCAUAUAAUUUUAGAUAGUUGAAUUUUGCGGUUUGAGGAAUGCUGGAAACGCGGUAAUUGUUUUGCAUGGAUUAGACGGAUUUCCACCCUCUGCUCUGCUUUGCUCUUUCUGGCAUUGAUUCGAGGUUGGUGAUUGGAUUUGGGAGGUAUCCCAUUUGUUGUCAAGCUUUUCUUUCCCUUCUGGGCAUUCAAGUCCAAGUUUUUUUUUAUUGAUUUAGAAGGGAAAGAGAGCAGAAGGAUAUUGAAAACUUUUUAGCUAUUAUUAAUAAUUUCAAAUCUGAAAAAUAUAUAAAAAUGAGCUUCAUCUCCGGACUGAUUUCCAGGCAAGUCUUGCCUGCAUGUGGUAGCCUAUGUUUCUUUUGCCCUGCAAUGCGUGCAAGGUCCAGACAGCCUGUCAAGAGGUAUAAGAAGCUGAUUACUGAAAUAUUUCCUCGUAAUCAGGAGGAAGGACCGAAUGAUCGCAAGAUAGGAAAACUGUGUGAAUAUGCUUCAAAAAAUCCUUUACGCAUACCAAAGAUCACAAAUUCCCUUGAGCAAAGGUGUUACAAGGAGUUGAGAAAUGAGAAUUUUCAAUCUGUGAAAAUCGUUAUGUGCAUUUACAGGAAACUGUUGGUCUCUUGUAGAGAGCAAAUGACACUAUUUGCUAGUAGCUUACUGAGCAUUAUACAGACUCUGCUGGAUCAAACACGACAGGAUGAAGUUCAAAUUAUAGGAUGUCAGACUCUUUUUGACUUUUUAAAUAAUCAGAAGGAUGGUACUUGCAUGUUUAACUUAGAAGGCUUUAUUCCUAAACUCUGUCAGCUAGCCCAAGAAACUGAAGAAGGUGAAAGGGAAAGAAAUCUAUGUUCAGCUGGACUGCAAGCACUUUCUUCGAUGAUUUGGUUUAUGGGUGAACACUCUCACAUUUCGGUGGAAUUUGAUAAUAUUGUUUCUGUAGUCUUGGAAAAUUAUGGAGGCCCAAGGAAAAAUUUAGAGAACCUUAAUGUUUCCCAAAGUCGGUGGGUGCAAGAAGUGCUAAAAAAUGAGGGUCAUGUUUCUCCAUUGCCAGAUGUCCUCAUAACAAUUCCUUCUUGGGAGACAAUUGUGAACGACAAAGGAGAACUAAAUGUCACAGCGGAAGAUGCCCAGAAUCCCUGCUUCUGGUCCAGGGUUUGCUUACAUAACAUGGCAAAACUAGCAAAGGAAGCUACAACAACACGGCGUGUUCUCGAGUCUUUGUUCCGUUACUUCGAUAAUGAAAACUUAUGGUCUCUUCAAAAUGGUCUUGCCUUUCCAGUCUUAAAGGAUAUGCAGCUUUUAAUGGACAGUUCCGGACAGAAUAAACAUAUUUUGCUGUCUGUAUUAGUUAAGCAUCUUGACCACAAAAAUGUCCUCAAACAACCUGACAUGCAACUUGAAAUUGUUGAGGUUACAACCUCUCUUGCUCAACAUUCAAAAGUUGAGCCUUCUGUAGCAAUACUAGGUGCAGUUAGUGAUGUUAUGAGGCAUUUACGAAAGUGCAUACAUUACGCACUCGAUGAUGCAACUAUAGGGUCUGACAUUGUAAAUUGGAACAUGAACUUUAAAGAAGCAGUGGAUAAUUGCCUUGUACAGUUAGCACGUAAGGUUGGAGAUGCAGGUCCGAUUCUUGAUGCUAUGGCUGUGAUGUUGGAGAACAUCUCAAAUGUUACAGUUAUAGCCAGAACUACGAUCUGUGUUGUCUAUCGCACUGCUCAAAUUAUAGCCUCAAUUCCGAAUCCAUCCUAUCUAAACAAGGCAUUUCCCGAGGCUUUGUUCCAUCAAUUGCUCCCAGUUAUGGUCCACCCUGACCAUGAAACACGAAUUGGAGCCCACCGUAUCUUUUCUGUUGUUCUUGUGCCAACUUCAGUCUGCCCUCAACCAUCCUCUGUUACUCCAGUAACAAACAAAGCCUCUGGUAUUCCAAGAACACUUUCAAGAACUGUCUCUGUCUUUUCUUCUUCAGCUGCCCUUUUUGAGAAGCUAAGGAAGCAGAAACCUUUCUCAAAGGAGAAUGCUUGUCUAGAGAACAAAGAAAAUGUUGCUAGUGAGGGGGAACUGAAGAACAGUAAUAAUGGGAUUCUGAAUAGAUUGAAGUCAUCUUAUAGUAGAGCAUACAGUUCAAGAAGUCUGCCUGUACCUUCGGCAACAGAUGAAAAUUCUCUGAGCGAUUCAAAUACAGUAUCUGAGGCCAAUUCCCUACGGCUUAGUAGCACCCAGAUUGGUCUCUUGCUUUCAUCAAUUUGGGCACAGUCUAUCUUUCCUCAAAAUACUCCACAAAACUAUGAAGCAAUUGCUCAUACAUACAGUCUUGUGUUGCUCUUUUCUCGAGCCAAGAAUUCUAGUAAUGAGGCUCUUGUUCGUAGUUUCCAGCUAGCUUUUUCAUUGCGAAGUAUCUCUCUUAAUGAAGGAGGGCCACUUCCACCAUCACGUCGAAGAUCACUUUUCACCUUGGCAACUUCGAUGAUCCUCUUCUCAUCAAAAGCAUUCAAUAUUCUCCCUAUUGUCUAUUGUGCCAAGGUUGCUCUUUCAGAAAGAACGGUUGAUCCAUUUCUGCGCUUGGUGGAAGAUCGCAAGUUACAAGCAGUUAACACUCAGUCUGACCAGCCAACAAAUGUUUAUGGGUCUAAAGAGGAUGACAAUUUGGCUGUAAAGACACUCUCAGAAAUUCAGAUUGCCCCAGAGCAACAUAGGGAAAACCUUGCUUCGGAGAUCGUGAAAAGCUUGGGAAAUUUGUCAGGACCUGAAUUGUCCACGAUACGGGGACAGCUGUUAAAUGAAUUCUUACCGGAUGAUGUGUGUCCACUAGGUGCCCAGUUGCCUCUUGAUGCACCACAUAAAGUAUACCAAGCAGGCGCAGAAGAGAAUAAAUCUAUUAAGGAGGGAGAUCCAAUUUUCUCAAUAGGUGACGAUGCUUUUCCAGAACCAUUUGAAGUUCAAACCAAGGAUAAUUCAGAGUUGUCCUUAGGAAUUCCAAAUCUCUUGGAUGUCAAUCAACUCCUAGAAUCAGUAUUGGAGACGGCAAAUCAGUUUGGAAGAAUUUCUGUCUGCACUGGACCUGAGAUGUCUUACAAGGAUAUAGCCCGUCAUUGCGAGGCACUCCUAACAGGAAAGCAGCAGAAGAUGUCUCAUUUGAUGAGUAUCCAACUGAGACAAGAAAGCUUGAUUCGCUUAUCUUUUCAACAUCCUGAUAAUGAGACAAAACAGACUGGUCCUUUCCUUGAGCAAACUGGUAGUACUAAUCCCUUCACACAACCAGUUGGCACUCUUCCACUGCUGUGUGCAACUGAGUACCAGAAUCAUCCUCGGUCCUUAAGUUUACCAGCUUCAAGUCCAUAUGAUAACUUUCUAAAAGCAGCUGGUUGUUGAUCCUGUAAAAUUAUGGAGUUAAAAUUUUCAAAAAACAUCCGACAAUUGUUCGUGUAGAAGGACAAAAAUAUCCAUCUCACUUUUAAUCCAAGGCCGAAAAGGUACAGUGCUGUUGAACUGUUGAUUUUAAAGCUACUCAAAGUUUUUUCAGCUGCAACAAAUUUCUAUCAUGUGCUUCUUGGUAUGCGGAGUAAGGCCAGCAUUGUGAUUUAGAUUGGUUGAGUUUGUAAGUUUGUUUAGCAUUUAAUUCAUUCAUUCAUUUCCCUUUUCCUUCCAUUCUAUUAUGAAGUUUCCAGAAGAUGCCAAAAGUUUCCCACUCUUCGUAUUGUAAGUAAUUUACUUAUUUCUUCUUCUUUCCAUCAUAGUGAUGGACAUGGAUGUAAAAUAUAAGGCUUGAUCUCAUUAAUUUUGGGAUAUGUCAACCCAUGUAAUGAAAUGUUACUUUUUGUUCUUCAUAUAUUAAGGCAGAAUUUUUCUCAUUGUUUUGCUUACUUAUGGAACUUUCAUUUUUGCCUACCUUACCAA